GUCAUAAUAAAAACACCUAAUAGCUCCGUGUCUUACCAGCCAAUUACCGCCGAUUACCCCUCCAUUCCCCUCCAACGACUGUACUGUCUUUUUUUCCCUCGUGCUGCUCCUAUCUAUCGGCGGGCCCACAUCGAGGGGCUUCCCCUCUGUCCUCUGCUCCGUAUCCCAAUAUUAAAUAAUCCCCCAUCCCUCUCCCUGCUUCUUCUCUUCCUCUUCCUCUUUCAUCCCUCCCUCUUCCCUUUUGAACUCACCUUUCUUCAGCAAGAGACUGAUCUCUCUUGUCUGUUUUUGUAUCUCGUCUUUUUGUGUGACUUCAAUUCACCCCGCUUACCAUAUCUCCUUUCUUCUCCGUCAAGUCUCGUCUCCUCUUUUCUCUCCCCCUCCGUUCAUAUCACACAUCGUUCAAAAUGGUUCAAUCCGCCGUUUUGGGUUUCCCCCGUAUGGGAAAGCUCCGUGACCUCAAGAAGGCCACCGAGGCUUACUGGGGCGGCAAGAUCUCUCGUGAUGAGCUCCUGAGCGAGGGAAAGAGACUCCGUGCUGAGCACUGGAAGAUCCAGAAGGAUGCCGGUGUCGAUAUCAUCCCCAGCAACGACUUUGCUUUCUACGAUCAGGUCCUCGACCACAUCCAGCUGUUCGGCGUCGUCCCUGAGAGAUACAGCAAGUACAACCUUGACCCCCUUGAUGAGUACUUCGCCAUGGGUCGUGGUCUCCAGAAGCCCGCCUCCGAGGGCCAGCCCGCCAUUGACGUUCCUAGCUUGGAAAUGGUCAAGUGGUUCGACUCGAACUACCACUACGUCAAGCCUACCCUCCAGGAGAACCAGGUCUUCAAGCUCGCUGCCAACCCCAAGCCCGUUGCUCAGUUCCUCGAGGCCAAGGAGGCUGGCAUCGUUACUCGUCCCGUCAUCCUGGGUCCCGUCUCCUUCCUGACCCUCGCCAAGGCCGACCGCGGUCAGAAAAUUGACCCUAUUGACAAGAUCAACGACCUGGUUCCCGUCUACGUUGACCUCCUUGCCCAGCUGAAGGCUGCCGGCGUUGAGGAUGUUCAGAUUGACGAGCCUGUUCUCGUUUUCGAUCUCCCUGCCAAGUCCAAGGCUGCCUUCAAGCCUGUCUAUGAGAAGAUUGGUGCUCUCGGUGACAAGGCUCCCCGCAUUGUCCUUGCCACCUACUUCGGUGACAUUGUCCACAACAUUGAUGUUCUCCCUGCUCUGCACAACCUUUAUGGUAUCCACGUGGACCUUGUCCGCAACCCCGAGCAGCUCGAUGCUAUUAUUUCCGCUCUUGGCCCCAAGCAGGUCCUCUCCGCGGGUGUUGUUGAUGGUCGCAACAUCUGGAAGACCAACUUCAAGGCUGCCAUCGAGAAGGUCGAGAACGCUAUCCAGAAGCUUGGAAAGGACAGAGUUAUUGUCUCUACCUCCAGCUCUCUUCUCCAUGUCCCCCACACCCUUGAGAGCGAGAAGAACCUCGAUCCCGAGGUCCGGGAGUGGUUCAGCUUCGCUGUUGAGAAGACCCACGAGGUUGUUGUGAUCGCCAAGGCCGUCACCGAGGGACCUGCUGCUGUCCGUGACCAGCUCGAGGCCAACGCCAAGUCCGUUCAGGCUCGUGCCUCUUCCGCUCGCACCAACGACCCCAAGGUCAAGGAGCGCCAGGCUGCUGUCACCGAGGAGAUGCACGACCGCAAGUCUCCCUUCCCCGUCCGUCUUGCCGAGCAGAGCAAGUCCAUCAACCUUCCUCUCUUCCCCACCACCACCAUCGGUUCCUUCCCUCAGACCAAGGAGAUCCGUAUCCAGCGUAACAAGUUCACCAAGGGUGAGAUCACCGCUGAGGAGUACGAGAAGUUCAUCGAGCAGGAGAUUGCCGAGGUUGUCAAGAUCCAGGAGGAGCUUGACCUCGACGUUCUCGUCCACGGUGAACCCGAGCGUAACGACAUGGUUCAGUACUUCGGUGAGCGCCUCACCGGGUACGUCUUCACCACCCACGCCUGGGUCCAGAGUUACGGAUCUCGUUGCGUGCGUCCUCCCAUCAUUGUCGGUGAUAUCUCGCGUCCCGCUCCCAUGACUGUCAAGGAGUCCAAGUACGCCGUGUCUAUCUCCAAGAAGCCCAUGAAGGGUAUGCUUACUGGCCCCAUCACCUGCCUCCGCUGGUCUUUCCCUCGUGACGACGUCCACCAGUCCGUCCAGGCUCAGCAGCUGGCCCUUGCCCUCCGUGACGAGGUCAUUGAUCUGGAGGCCGCUGGCGUCAAGGUCAUCCAGGUCGACGAGCCUGCUCUGCGUGAGGGUCUCCCUCUGCGUGCCGGCAAGGAGCGUGAGGACUACCUGGCCUGGGCUGUGCGUGCUUUCCGCCUGGCUACCACCGGUGUCUCCGAUGGUACUCAGAUCCACUCUCACUUCUGCUACUCUGAGUUCCAGGACUUCUUCCACGCCAUUGCUGCUCUGGAUGCCGAUGUUCUCAGCAUUGAGAACAGCAAGUCUGACGCCAAGCUGCUCAAGGUCUUCGUCGAGGAGGCUUACCCUCGCCACAUCGGACCUGGUGUCUAUGACAUCCACUCUCCUCGUGUUCCCAGCGAGCAGGAGAUCAAGGAUCGCAUCGAGGAGAUGCUUCCUUACCUCCGCCCUGACCAGCUCUGGAUCAACCCUGACUGUGGUCUGAAGACCCGUCAGUGGCCCGAGACCAAGGCUGCUCUGACCAACAUGGUCAACGCUGCCAAGUUCUACCGCCAGAAGUACACCAAAUAAAUGGGGUGACUGGCUUUUUCAAUGAACGGGGACGACAUUCUUCAACCUGUCGCUCCGGAAACAAACGAAACUUGUUUUCGUUUGGUUAAUGUGAUGAGUUACGACGAUGAUACCAAAAGUUCAACAUAAGGGUUCGGGGUUUUGUAUUAGAAAAUAUGGGGGUCAACGGAGUUUCAACAUUUACGAUUUCAACAUCGGCGUUCAAGCCAAACAUGACUGCCUCUACAUGCGGUCAGCAUUUCCAUCGGUGGGAUGUUUCUUUUUUUCGCUACUUCGGUUUUAAUCAAAAGGGAUAUGCAUGAUCGCGGCAGUCGGCGCCGCUGAUGGUUUUUCUUCAAUAUUUCAACAAUGUGUUGUACAUGACACUGGAGGUGCUGAUUCAGGUCUACCUCUUAGAGCCUAAUCAAAUGAAAGGCAACUUCCAAUAUAUCUCUCUAUCUCAGUAGACAUUGUAGAUGGUGACUUAAGGUCU